AUGUCUGGCCUCCUCCCAAAGAUCGACCGGUCCAAGACCGUCAAGUCCAAGGACUACCGCGGGUCCAGCUCCUUUGCGACGUUCAUGAUUGUCGGGCCCGUGUGCUUCUUCCUCGGCAUCAUCUUCGCGCAGUUCCCCUACGACUACCCGCUCCUCUGGACCUCCGAGCCCGUCGCGGCGUCCUUCUUCGACCAGCUCGAGACGCACCUGAAGUGGAUGCACCAGUCACCGCCGCUCAUCGCCCGCCUGCUGCACAUCGUCAUGGCCGUCGGCUUCCUGGGCUUCUUCAUCAAGCUGUUCAAGCCCUCCGAGAGCAACAUGCUCUUCGACGGCGCCUCCCUUGUCCUCUACGUCAUCGGCAUGGGCGUCUACCUCGCCAACAUCGUCAAGGGCUUCAGGACCAUAUCGAGCGACCUAUGGAGCAGCGGCGAGUUCCUCGAGAAACACGACGGCCCCAUCACCGGGGAGAUCAUCCUCGGGCGCGACGACAGCCUCAAGGUCAUGGCCGCGAGCAACACGAUCCUCGCGCUGGUCCUGGUCGGGAUCCUGGUCCUCCAGGGCGGCCAGUGGUACGCCGAGAAGAAGGAGCUGGACGAGUACGAGGAGAUGGAGAAGUCGGAAGAGCAGGCCAAGGGCGCCGCGAAGAAGAAGCAAUAG